UUUUUAAUAAAAAUAUUUUUCUUAUUUCUUUUAUAGAAACAAACAAAUUUUUUGAUAAUCUUUGUAAAAAACAUCAUGUUGAAUGUACUAAUCCAAGAACAACAGAUAGAUUAAUUGAUAAAGUAAUUAUAACAUAGUAAAAAUGAAAUCAAUAAAUUUUUUUAUUAUAAAUAUUAAUCAUAUUAUUAUUAUUAUUAUUUUUUUUCGAAAUCUUUUUUAACUCGGUAGAAAAAGUAGAAUGAAUAAUAAUAAUAAAAGAAAUCUAUUAUUCAAUACAAUAUCUUAAAUUGAACAUAAAUCAACAGACUAUGAUUUCAUAUUCAACUAAAUAUUAAAAUUAUUUCCUUCUAAAUAUAUAUAAUAUCUUUAGAAUUACUUUAAUUUUUAACUAAAAGAAUAUAGUUCAUAGAAUAUAUCAAAAAAAAAACUAUUAAAAAUUAUAUGAUUUUAGUUGUACAUAUCAAAAUCUUUUCUACUUUUUAGUGAGACUAAUAUUAAAUAGUUUUCUAUAUUGAUUGAAAUAUCUUACGAAAACAGUCUAAGUUCAUAUUACCGUUUCUGAAACAUAAAAGUCACUAGAAUUAGUAAUAAAAUUUUUGAAUAUGCGCUAAGACAUAGAAACAACCGAUCGACAUCUCCAAAUAAGAUCUGUCAAGUAUUUCACACAUAUUCAUGCACAAAACUAAAAUGGUUGAAAUGCAGCAAACUAAUCUUCACCAAUGUAUUAUUUCUUUUCUUUUUGCCUUGCAAACUCCACUAGAAUUAUUUAGACAAAAAAAACAAAAAACAAAUAUAAAUCUUUAUUAUGAAUAUGGUUAAUAUUUUCUGAAAAUAAUUAAACAAAUUCAGUUUCUCCUCUUUCUAAUAUAAUUUCAAUAUGAAUACUCAGUUCUUAAUUGUUAUUAAUCUAUUGUUCACUAUUUUUCUUUCUCUUCUUUUUUGUUUUCAUCAUAUUUGUUUAUCCUUUAGAAUAUUACAAAUAAAAUUCACAUAAUCAAAAAAAAAAACUUUAUUUUUUCAAAGCAUUUUUUUUUCUUUAACAUCAACAAAAAUUAACUUUCUAUUUCUAUUGAAUUUAUAAUAAAGUCAAAUCUUAAAAAUAAAAAUUUGUUAAUCUAGUCAAUUUGAGUUUUGAUUUGUGUAAGUUGAUCAAAAAAAUAAAAAAAUUUUUUAGUCUUUUUUAUAAAUUAAUAAAAUAUUUAUUUUUUUUUUUAAAUUUAAUUAUAGCUUGUUGGUCAUUUUAUUGAACCACAUUGUCUUAAUCCAACAUUUAUUUGUGAUCAUCCGCAAAUCAUGAGUCCAUUGGCAAAAUAUCAUCGUUCUAUACCUGGUUUAACAGAACGUUUUGAAUUAUUUGUUUGUUAUAAAGAAUUAUGUAAUGCAUAUACUGAAUUGAAUGAUCCAAUUGUACAACGUGAAAUGUUUGAAUUACAAGCAAAAAAUAAAUCAGCUGGUGAUGAAGAAGCUCAAACAAUUGAUGAAAAUUAUUGUAAAGCACUUGAAUAUGGUUUACCUCCAACUGGAGGUUGGGGUAUAGGAAUUGAUCGUUUAACAAUGAUUUUAACAGAUAGUAAUAAUAUUAAAUUAGGAAAAUUAUUUUAUUCUUCUGUACAUUAA